CGUGGUGUGUGUUUAGGGCCCUUGGGAGAUAACUGCUGCUCUGAGAGGAGGGCGGGCAGUGAAGUACUCUCAGGCAAGAGCAACUUUUUCAGCUGAGGCUUCAUUCCCACCUUGUAGGCUCCCAUGCCACACCAAGCCCUGGCUCGGCAGAGACUUUUGAUCAAGGGGGGAAAAGUCGUGAAUGAUGACCUCUCUGUGGUGGCUGAUGUGUACGUGGAAGAUGGAGUGGUGCAGCAAGUGGGACUGAACCUAAACCCUGAGCCACCUACUGGACUCACUGUGCUAGAUGCGACCAACAAGCUGGUGAUCCCUGGAGGCAUUGACACUCACACACACAUGCAGCUCCCUUUUAUGGGUAGCAGGUCAAAAGAUGACUUCUAUACGGGAACCAAGGCUGCUAUAUCAGGAGGAACCACUAUGAUCAUUGACUUUGCCAUCCCUCAGAAAGGCUGUUCCCUUAUUGACGCCUUUGAUACAUGGAGAAGCUGGGCAGACCCAAAAGUCUGCUGUGAUUAUGCACUGCAUGUGGCAGUGACGUGGUGGAGCAAGAAGGUGAAGGAAGAAAUGAAAAGUCUUGUUCAAAACAAAGGCGUCAACUCCUUCAAGAUGUUCAUGGCCUAUAAGGAUCUAUACAUGGUCAAUGAUGAGGAGUUAUUUGCAGCCUUUUCCUGCUGUAAGGAACUUGGAGCAGUUGCUCAAGUCCAUGCAGAGAAUGGGGAACUAAUUGCACAGGGUGCAAAGAAGAUGCUGGCAAUGGGAAUAACUGGUCCUGAGGGGCAUGAGCUAUGUCGUCCUGAAGAAGUGGAAGCUGAAGCUACGCAAAGAGCAAUUACCAUAGCAAAUGCUGUAAACUGUCCCCUUUUUGUAGUCCAUGUGAUGAGUAAAUCUGCAGCAAGGGUGAUAAGUAAUGCACGAAGAGAAGGAAAGGUGGUUUAUGGAGAGCCUAUUGCUGCUAGUCUUGGCACUGAUGGCACCCACUACUGGAAUAAAGACUGGGCUCAUGCUGCAGCAUAUGUCAUGGGACCUCCACUGAGACCAGAUCCAUCUACUCCUGGUUUUCUCAUGAACUUACUGGCCAAUGAUGACCUAUCUGUGACAGGGACUGACAAUUGCACCUUUGAUAUAUGCCAAAAAGCUCUGGGGAAGGAUGACUUCACAAAAAUCCCUAAUGGAGUGAAUGGUGUGGAAGACAGGAUGUCAGUCAUAUGGGAAAAAGGUGUUUACAGUGGAAAAAUGGAUGAAAACAGAUUUGUAGCUGUUACCAGCACAAAUGCAGCAAAAAUCUUUAACCUUUACCCAAAGAAGGGGAGAAUUGCAGUGGGUUCUGAUGCUGACAUUGUAAUUUGGGAUCCCAAAGCUACAAGGACAAUAUCUGCAAAGACACAUCACCAGGCCAACAACUUCAAUAUAUUUGAAGGAAUGGUCUGCCAUGGAGUCCCAGUUGUGACAGUUUCAAGAGGCAAAGUGGUUUAUGAAGGCGGAGCUUUCAAUGUCACAGCAGGAGAAGGCAAAUAUGUCUCCCGUCCACCAUUCCCUCCAUAUGUCUACAAACGAGUCAGGCAGCGGGAACAGGUCUGUCAGCCUGUUCCUGUUAAGAGAGCACCGUAUACAGGCACGGUCUCAGGAACACCUGUCGCACCAAAAUAAUAGGUUCAUUCCCCAGUUUUGGCUCUUGCAGAUAAAAGCAAAUGAAAAUAACCCUGCUGUCCCCACUGAAGCAGUGCAUUCUGGAUCCAGCAAUCAAUCCACAAUCAACUUCUCAAGAGCCAACAAUGAACACCAGUAACCAAUAAACAUUAUGCUGGGCUUGCUGCAUGAAAGUUGUCAUUACAAAUUCUCUUUAAAAGGCAUUUUGUUAUAAGAACUGGAAAAUUCUUUUUAGAAAAUGGAGUAAUAAUAAAUUAAUAGUUACAAUUAUAACGUGGCAGCAGCUCUGUAGGUUCUUAAAAGUAGGUAAGUUUGGGGAUGGUAUUUCUUAAUAUUUAUCUUUAGAAGGUAUCAACUAACCCACAAAGUAAAAACAAUGAGAAGUGACCUUUAAGCACAUUUUCUACGUUAUUGCUCUGUUAGGUCACAGGAGAUGAAUCCUAAUUCUCUAAUUUCAUGUGUUAGGAAGAUCUCUGUUGAGCUUAGCAAUGUGGAGAACUCUGAUAGCAGAUGCUGAAUUUGGAUUUUUGUUUUUCUCUUCUUGUAUGGGGUCAGGUACAGAAAAUUGUUGAUGUAGGGGAACUGUCACAAUUUUAGAUCUGCUGCUACAUCUCCCUGUCUCUAUCUUUAAAGGAGUUUAUACGUUUUGUCCCUGCCAGCUGCUCAGUCAGGCAUUUUUUUAGUGUGUUUGAGUGUUUCCUUUGCUACACCCUAGGCAAAGCUUUGAUAACCAUACUGAUGAACUCACCUGCAAUACUCCUUUGUGUUCUGGCUUUAUAGAGAGACACACACUGGUAAUUUGAAGGUUUAGGAAGUGGGAUCACCAGGGCAAGAGCAUAAUACAUUUAUUUAAAGAAAAACUUUUUUUACUGAAGAUGUGAGUUUUUUCCUGAUGUGACUAAUAGUUUGGUUUUGUAGGACAGGAUUCCUAAUUUAAGGAAAAAGCACCUCAUUUACUCAAUUUAUCUGAUUUCCCAUCUAAGAGGUAAUUGUAUUCUUAGAGGCAUGAUUCUGUUACCAUGUCUAGGCAGGUUUUGUGUCAAAAACCUAGAAUGUUGUUUGAAGUCGCAUAAACCUAGAAUGUUGUUUGAAGUUGCAAUUCCAUACAUGAUAGCGCUUCUUUUUAAGCAGCUGUCACUGGGGAAUAUUUAAAGAGAGAAAUAAGGCCAACACAGACACACCUGUACAGUGAGUUUGUUGUCCUAUGUAUAGAAACAGUAUAACCCAUACUUCUGUGUAACCCAUGGGUCAAAUAGGCACAGAAAGACUCAUAUUUUAAGACAGACACAGAAAGCAUAUGAUAAUUACUGUUAUUUAAAAUUUUAUAGUGGAAAGCAGACUUGUAGUUCCUGCUAUAUUCAUAGGCAUACAGUGAUGUAUGAGCUUGUAUGAGAAACAAACUCCUAUUAGGUCAGUAGUUCUUGUGUCUCUAAAUAGCAAAAGAGAAUUAUCUUUGUAAAAUGAUGGAGGAUAAUCGUGGGAAUGUUCAGAAGAGAGCUAGCAUGAGUUCCCAUUUCUCAGGUUUUCUUUGGAGUGGCAGAACAGCAGAACCAGGCAUCCAGCACUAUUACAAGGGCUAUUACAAGGGAAUGGGGUUCACUGUUCAGUGUAGACUUCUAUACUGCAAUUGUCUGCAUCUGAGUUUGUUGUCUAGUCUCCCUCUGUAAUCAACAGAGAAAAGGGUGCUUUUGAAACUUUAUUCAUCUCUGCAUCAAGAUCUGAAACAGGCUAGAUGAACCUGUCCAGUGUUGUUCAUCUUUGGCAUGAGAUGAGUGGUUUUCUUGCAAUGCCAGGUUGUCUCCAUUAACUACAAAGAGACUGUGUGUGACUAUGGUGCAGAUGUCUGCUCUGCAGCCACCUUCCACCUAGCCCAUCUCUGCCUCUCAGAAUUAGAAAUUUCUGGUGUGAAGGAAGCCUGUCUUUUCUUAUGUUUUGUCUCAUCAAGAGUGCAUGUCCAUUCUUUUUAAUUCAUUUUUUGCUACCUUCAAAGAAGAACAGAAUUUUGGGAAAAGCAGGGGAAAUAGCAUGGGAGAGAAAGGAUCAGCUACUUUUAACAGUAACUUAUAUUUGUGUGGAGUCUUCCAUGCAAGGCUUCAGGUUUUAACAAUUAUUAAAGCCGUGCAAUUGCAUCAGGUACCUGUGAGACAAGUUAAUACAAUUAGAAUAAGUUUACGGUUGUGAGAACUAUGGAUGCUCAAAGCUCUAAAUUCACUCAAGUGAUUGAGUAUAUGUCAUUGCUUUAUGUUUAACAUUCAGUAUUGCUUAAGUGAGUUACUCAAGGCUAAAAUGACUCAAUUAUGACAGAAAUGAAACCCAGAAGUAGAAGCUGCCAGUCCUUUGGAUACUGUGGAUAUGCCCAAGACUUUCAAAUGUCCUUUGGGCUCUUGGGACACCUGCUGAUAUCAAAGUGAUACAAAGGACUGCAGAUUAUGAAAGCCCAAAGGAGCAAAGUUAGUGAUUUUUCUCAAAACAGGUGUUUUCACAGUGUGAUAACAGCAAGUAGGUUUAUGAGUUAUAUAAACACCCAUUUUGUAAACUGAGCUCUCCAAACCAUGGAAGUGUGUUGUCUGUUGAUAAAUGUAUAAUCUCUUUAGGUUUCCUACAGAUUUUUGUUAGUUUAGAAAUGAGGAAGCUUUUUCCUGUACAAUUAGCAAAGAGUUCCUGAUCCUUGUGUUGUUAUUUAUGGCUCUGUACCAUGGAUUAUUCUCCUUAUAGUGGGUAUCCUUUGGAUUUUGUUCUUACCAAAUGCCUACUUUUUAAUUCCAAUGACUGUUUUAACUAUUGUGCAGUUCUCAUGAAAAAAAAAAAAAAUUACCUGUAUAUUAUGAACUAUGAUUUACACCAAAGCAUUUUCUGUAUUUUUACAUCCUUCAGUGCAACAAAUUGUUGAACCUGU